GAGGAGAAGCUUACCCCCUUGGUAUAUCGUCGAAGGAGACCCAAUUCAUCAUGGCAUACAUCUUGCCCUCAGUAGGCUUCAGCUAACGGCUAACGACAACAACAACUCAGUUCAACGCGGAUACAUGGAAAACAAAAGAAAAGAAACAGUGCUGAAGGCGAUACGACGUUGGAAAGCUCCACCGGUAUCCAAGUGGAGCCACGAAAGUUAAAACAUUGCAGCCAAGCUACAUAUCACUAAGGAUCAAAUGAGGUUGCAUAUCAUCACCCAACAUCAAACAGUAGAGGAAGCACGGUUUGCGUACUGUCUGUGGGGUGUAUCUAAGAGACAAAGACAGUAUACAGUCAGUGCAGCAGAAUGAAGCACCUCUGUUGGUUCACACUGUUGCUCUGUGUUUUUGCCAAUGCAGAAAACAAUGCAGUGUGGCGAGAGGCUGGCAAUAACGUCACCUUAAAGUGUUCCUCCGCUGGAUGUCCUAGCAGCAUUGAAGGGUAUGAUGGGAUGUAUCUGUAUCACGGUCGAGAUGAAGAUCAUAAGGAGCAGAAAGAGGUGCUUUACUGUCACUCCUAUUCAGAUUCAACUUACAAAAUAACCCCGCGAAAAAGAUACACUGGCAGGAUUGGGACAAAAGGAUCAUUGUUGAACCUCACCAUCACCAUUAGCAACCUCACUGUGAAUGACUCUGGUUUCUACAGUUGUGCCUACAUAAAAUAUCCAUCUGAUGAAGUCCAAUGCAGCGUCUACACACUUUUUAUAAGCGGAGUGGCACCAUGUUCCACACCAGCAACAGAAGUGCCUCCUUUCCUUGUCAAUGAGAAAAGUCCACCUCUGGUCCUAAUCAUUAUCGCCGCCUGCACUGUCAGCUCCCUAGUAACUGUGAUCCUCAUCCUGCUGAUAGUCCCGAGGGUGAAACGAUGGACUAACAGCAGAAGAAGAAGAACAAGUGUUGCGCAAGUCUCCAGUGAUUAUGUGUAUGAAGUUAUGAAUCAGAACGGCUUUCACCCUGCUCAAAAGCAGUCAUCGCCAAACCCGUAGGAUUGUGCUUAGUAUUGCUUAGCAUCAAAAAUGAUUGGCUUGGUGGCCAUCUUCUUCUUGAGGGUUGGUUUACGUGUUUGACUGUUUGUGAUUUUAAGCAACACAUCAGACAAAAAGUAAAAUACAUGUUUAACAGCUAAACAUGGGGUAUUAAAUCUCCAAAAUCUUUCAUUGCUGUGAAAGUAUCACCAAAUUCAAAUCAUUGUUUAUAUAUUAGUAUUGAUAAAUAUAUAAUAUUUGAACUUUAAUAUUUGUGUGCUUGAUGCUUUUUUGGCUAUAUUUGACUGAUUUAUCAAAAGUAAUAUAAUACAUGCUUAAAUAAUGUUCGUCAUGUCUCAUACCGUAUUAAAAUGGUUUAUUAACUUACAUAAUUAAUCCAUACAUAACUACGACACACAUGAGGCAUUGCUGGAAAUUGCGUUGGCUUGCAGGGGUUUAUGGUCUAUUAAAAAUACAAAUAAAAUGUAUGCGAGAAACAAAACAGAGAGCUAAAACUAGGCUAUAUGAUGAGCAAGUAAGAGAUGCAACACUGGUGCAGGAGGCUGAAAUCGCACCGGUCUGAUCAGUCUGAUUUUUUUAUUUGAUUAGAUUUGCCAUAAGACACAAUAUGUGGCUAUAUUUUUUUAAAGUUGUUUAUGACAGCUGUGAGGAAGUACAAACCACAUACUUAACAAGAGGGGGUAGAUGUAAAUGUGUGGGUGGUUUGCAUGUCUAAGUUCUCACAAAAUAUAUUAAUACAAAUCUAAUGUAACGAUAUAUUCAUAAUGGAGUUAAUUAGGCAUGAUUAUGUUAAAUGAAAAACAUAAAAACGAGUGAUGAUGGUAAGGUGGUGAUGAUUGUUACCGUAAAUGAAAAGCUAUUAGUAAGGCAA